CUCAACUACUCUCGUUAUUGACACACUGCAGACACUCACGAUGUGGUCGCGACAAUGGGCCAUCUCCGACCUCACAAUCGCAUCAAUUGUACUAUCGGUUAUUAUUCUCCUUGUUGGGCAAUCUUUUCAACCGCCGGAUAUUGCAUGUGUGAAGAAUCUGUCCUCAUGGUCACCGGCAUUCACUGCAGUGGAUAGCUCCUGGCAAAUGUUCCGAAACGGAUUCUCGGAAAAGUCCAUCUAUCGAGGUCUUCCCAAUCCAGCGAUUGAAGAAGCGUGGAGUGAUAUUUUGCAAAAACAUCCCGUUCUCGUCCCGGAAAGCGACACCGGGUUGGACAUGGACAGCACAGAUGGAGUCUCACUUGUGAAGAGCUCAGACGGUCAAAUCCAUGCAUACCUGGAGGUUUUCCGGAAUAUGGCCUGCCUUAACCUCUUACGGCAGCAUACUUACAGAGAUGAAUACGAUUAUACAUCCGUUGAUGCAUUCCAAGGAUCUGAGCCGGAGAUUAUGCGACGGGUAGAUGCCUGUACGCAGAGGCUGAGAGAAGUUCUGAUGUGUAUAGGAGAUGCAACGCCGUAUUUGAUUAUGCUGACGCCGGAAAAGGCUCAGAAAGAGUCCCCGGAUUUCAAUACGUUGCAUUACUGUCGUGAUUUUGAUCGAAUUGUUGAGUGGACGAGGGAUAAUCAGAUAGAUGGUGGGGGCUUGGGGGGUCAUAACUUGUAUAUAUAA